AGAGAGGCGAGAGUAGAAAUAUAAACACACCAUCCGUAGGUUGUGUCGUGAAAUCGUUGAUUCCGACCGCGACGAUCGUUCAGAUCGUGUGAAUUAAGCGUUGAAAGUGUUCGUUCGAACUGAAAGUGCUUUUGGGAAGAUAUCGCGAAGAUGUUUCUGACACUGUCAACGAUUUUCACUGUAUUUCUUAGCAGCCUCGCCGUGUCGGUCAAUCCCGAUGUGGAGCUGCAGCUGCUUCACGUGGUAUUUCGCCACGGUGACAAAGUGCCCCAUCGAGAGUUCCAAAAUUACCCCAACGAUCCGCAUCGCGAUCAGUCUUAUUACCCAAUGGGAAACGGUGGCUUAACCAAUCAAGGCAAGAUGCGAGAGUACAAAAUUGGGACGAUGCUGCGCGAGAGAUACGAUCAAUAUUUCGGACCGGAUUAUUGGCCGACCAAGAUCUAUGCCCGAUCUACGGAGGUCCCGCGGACCCAGAUGUCUCUCCAGUUAGUUCUGGCGGGAUUAUUCCCGCCCUCCGAGAAGCAAACCUGGAAUCCGCACUUGCCCUGGAUUCCGUCAUGGACGUACUUCGUGCCGUACAAGACUGACAACCUCUUGUUUCCGCAUUACUGCUAUCGAUAUAGAGAAGAAUAUCAACGGUUCCUUCAGCGAGAGAGUGCGAAAGAAAUGAUCAAUAAGUACAAGAAUGUAAUGGACUAUUUGACGGAUCACACUGGUAAACUAAUUAAUGAUACGGAUACAGUUGGCCAUUUGUACAAUCUACUGAAAGAGGAGGCUGCACAAAAUUUGACGCUGCCAAGAUGGACUCAGAAUGUUUUCCCGAGUCCGAUGAUAGAAAUGAUAGAGUUGGACUUCAAACUUCGAUCAUACACAAAAACCUUGAAGAGAUUAAACGGAGGUAUACUACUUCGCAAAAUGGUGGAUGAUAUUCAGGAACACCGAGCGGGAAAAUCGAUACGCGACAGAAAAGCUUUCCUAUUUGGCGCACACGAAAUCAAUGUGGCUUCCCUUGCCUAUGCUUUAGGAACGAAUGAACCAGCGGUACCAUCUUAUGGUGCCACGAUUAUUCUAGAAACUCUUCGGGACAAGAAGGGAGUUUACUAUAUUCGGGUCUUACUAUGGACUGGCGUUACGGAACAAUUGAUCGUACAGACAAUCCCAGGCUGCGCGGAGAUAUGUCCCUUUGAGGAUUUCCUCAACAUUGUGAAGGACAUUCUGCCGAGUGACGACGAAUAUUACUGUCGGCGGGAGGAUCUUAAGCCAAACGCGCAUCAUCGAUCGUCGGCGGAUUGUAUCGCUGAUAACGGAUCUUGGUGGUACAUCUUUCUCACCGUUCUCCUCACGUUCACGUCCAAAUUCACGCAAUAGUGAUUUUUAUAAAUGCAGCUAGAAUUCGACAUGUUUAUUCUUUCUUUUCCAUUCUUUUCGCGGAAAGAGAUAGGAGCAGAAAUACGUGGCCUUAAGUUAAAGGGAAAUAGUUGCGAAAAUAAUCGACGCGGCACGCGUUCUGAGUUCUGACCGAUAUCUAUAUCGGAAAUACUUCGCCGAACUAUGAGAGCGUUCGGAAAGCCCAACGAAGUUGCGGCUAUGCGUUUCGCUGCACGUGCUGCGGUUACUGCGUUGAUACCUACAUUUUACCGCACGCGUUGUUACAUUGUCGUGUUUAACACGGACCACUGUACAUAUGUAAAUAGCUAUCGCUAUAUAUUGAUUUAAUAGUAGACGACAUCAUAAUCGUUUAGAAACGUCUCUCGCUCAUAAACGCGUAUUAUCAAGAAUGAGGGGGGGGGGGGGUCUUUAAAAAUCGACGUAGGUCUUAAUCGAUCAUAGACGUCCGUAAUUAAAUGUCAUCGAUAAAAAUCAUCUGCAAUACCCUAUGAUAUUUUUCCAUUGCCAUAUUAUAAGCAUCCAGAAGGCACAUCACUAUUACGUCAAUAUAGCAUUUAUUUUAAAUAACAUUUAUUUAUAAUCAUGCGUAAAGAGAUUAAUUAUCGAUACAAAUCAAGUAUCAAUAAAUCAAUGAAAAACUUCCAAAUGUGUUCUCUGUUCGUCUUUAUAUAUAGCGCAUACGUAAUACACUUCACAGUAUCAUGCGAAAAACAAAAGAGUUAUAAUAAGUUUCCUUCACAUCAUAUUAAAUAAUCAAAGUAAUGAAGUUUUCAUAAAAAUCUGGCAGCAGAAUAGUACAGUGACCCAGAGAUGUAAAAAAUAAAUGACAGUUUGACAGGCAUUUUAAUAUCUCAGAUAGAGCGUAAAUCGGAUUAAAUUCUCCAUUUGGCGAAAUUGGAGCAAAUUUGAUUCCGAAAUGAACGGAUCGGCUCUCCUAUUUUCGUCGAGGUGAAGAGUUCAAGAACCUGAAAAAAGUGCAAUCGAAGAUCCGGUCUCCGCGUAGAGUUGCGAGAUGGAAAUAGACACCGCUGCUUCGAUCGACACGUUCGUCGCAUUGAUAUAGAACGCCAUUAAAAUUGCAAAGAGAAAAGAGCGAUUUUUGUCUCUUUGCGUAUAUAACGCGCGAUAUUUAAUAUACACGUUUGAUAGCGCGCUAAAUUAUUAGCGAAAAACGUUUGAGAAACACUGCCGCCGCGAUUCGCGCGCGAACCUCCGCCGUCGUUUUUCUGUUCUGCAUGGAAUCGAGGUAUCUCGACGCAGAUACGCGCAUCAAGAGGGGUCCCUGCACUUUCGUCACGGUGAUUCACCUUCCGUGGCGAAACUACGGAUGCGUGCGCACCUGGGAUGCACUCGUCAAGAAGCAUGUUUCGUAUUAUCAAAUGCGUUAUUUACAUAACGACGGUUCUUAAGAGCACGCUGCCACAAUGCGGUGUCAUCGGACAAAUGACACGCUUGUUCCAUUGUGCUCUUCUGUCAUCAAAGAAGUUAUUAAUGCAACAAAGUUGUGGAUUAAAACGGUAUGAAAUAUUAAUAGCUGCGACUCUUGUCCGAUUUGUAAGUAGCAAGUGUUAUUCAUAUUAAUGAUGAUAAUUGCGGAUACACACACUAUAAAUAAAAACUCUAUAAAUUAUAAAAUGAAAUAUAUUUGUUCGACUCAAAUUUUUUACGACUGUGGCUAUACUCUGUAUUUUUAUUCUCUAUACGUAUUACAUUGGAUACUAAAUUCAAUUUUACACGAUCUUAUUACGGAUUCGCGAUUCUCUAACAAAACCACUCGAGCGGCAGAGCGUUUAGCUAAGGAAAACCCUUUUGGGUAUGAUUACGAACAUAAUUUCCCACCUCUGGCAUAUAGUCCAGUGUGCUCUGUACUAUUCGAUAAACGCUGCAAGUAACCGCCGUGCUGAUUUAUACGAAACAGUAUGCAUAGUAUGUAAGUACGCCGUUCAAUUUGAAUAAUUAAUAGUGUGGAAUCACUAAAGCUUGGGAUUUGAAUGGCUCGUCAACGCGAUCAAUAAUCAGUUUGCUGCUCGUAUUUGCUCGCCAAAGUACUUUAAGCAUGUAACGAGGACUUUUAAUUUUGAAUCUAACAAAAUUUUAAUUGUUCGAGAAGCUUGUAGCA